UUCAAUUAUAAAACCCCAUCGCCAUUGUCCACGAGCAAGCAAGGUAUCUCGCUCUGUCCAUGGCUACCUUGCCAGGUGUUCGCUAAUCAACCACCAACGCCUCGAGAGCUCGUCGGGCACAUAGCCAUGGCGAACACCACCACGCAGGGAUAGAGAGGCCCAGGCCGCGCCACCUGUGCACGCAGAUCGACGCGUCAUCUGGCAGCGCGGCGGUGGCGCGCGGUCGUCGAUCAUAUCGUAGACAGAGCUCGGGAAAAAAAAAGGGCUGCGAUCGCGAUCGAUGCCGGUUCCCGUGGUGCUCCUCGCCGUGCCGGCCGUGGCCAGCGGGUUCGCGCACGCGUUCCACUUCGCGUUCCUGCUGUGGCCCUUCAACCUCGCGCUGCCGCUCGCGCGCCACCUGCCGCGGGCGUGCGCCGCGCUCCGGGAGGUCGCGUCCUUCUACGACGCCGAGCUGCGGCCCUACGCGAGCGGCGCGGCGAGGCUGCUGCCGGCAACGCCGCAGAGCCAGCAGCACGCCUCGCUCAGCGGCGUGCGGCAGGCGACGCCGCCGCACGGGGAUCUCGUCGCCAACGCCAUGAUUGCGCUCGUCGACAUCUCCUACUGACGCUAUGGGUGCCGGCUGCCACCGCGCACUGCCGGGCUACAUACCCAUUUGCGUCCUCUUGGGUCGGUUAGCUUUGCCAUUUUUCUGUUAAUCGUGUAAAUAGUCCUUUUCUUCCUACAUCCAUCAGCAGAGGUUUAGUCAUGUUAAUCACUUCUUCCUAACUCGUGCUUUGUUUCGGUCAUAUGAUAUAUAUAAAUAUCACACUUACAAGUUACAACCAUGUCCUCUUUCUUAGUUUACACAGUUACACAGCAUUUGCUUUGCUGUACGGUGCGAGUUGAUUUGAACUUUUAAGAUCAGUCUAGUUUAGCUCUCGAUAGUAAAAAAAAGUUGGUCCUGUUAGUUUUU